CCCGGACAAUAUAAGAAGUUGAUAAUUGAUGGGAUUUCAUAUCAAGCUUUCCUUGAAAAUCUAAAAGAUACUAAAGAUUCGAUCAUGUCUUUUGGAAGUACCUCUCCACCACCAGUCAUACCUGAAGAAACAUUACCUGGUGACUUAACCAAUAAUGAUGACGCUCUCCUCAGCGAGAUCACCACACACUUUGUCGAUCGUGGUUUUCAACCAAGUCUUGUUGACUCUUUUCUGGCAAGGAGCUCUUGUCUUGAAAUAAAGACUAAUGAGGAAAUUAUGUUGGAUUUUCUUGAAGAACGCGAGCAAAUGGAUCCAACAAUUUUUGUUGGCAUCGAGGGGAAUGAAGGUGUAGAAUUAGGAGAAGAUAAGAAAUUGCUUGUGAAGUGGGGUCUUACAGAGGAGACAGCGGACAGACUACGUAGUAGUGUGCAUGGUCCCAUUUGGGUUCAGCAAGUGUUAAAACAUUGGUUACUUGACUGGAUUUACAAUUCAUGGAAUACAUCCAUCCAAAUGAGUUUCAGUACAGUUUUUUAUAAUUUGCAAUUUCAACGGAAUGAAUGGCACAGUUAUGAAAGAUAUGAUGGUCCACAAAUGUUUGCUUCGUCUUAUGAAGAAAUCGUUACUAUUGGAAAAGAUUCUUUGAUCAGUUGUAAUACAAAAGUCACUAACCCAACGGACUCUAAUCACAAAGCUUUCUUCCAUGCAACAAACUAUCAAAGUGCUAAAUCUAUCAGUAAGAAUGGAAUUUAUCUUACCUGUUAUAGAAACUAUCUCGAUUUUGGGAAAAAUCAAAGCUUUUACCUGAACCCAUCACUUGAUAAUGCAAUCGAUCUUAUUAAGAGACGUGAUGGAUUCAAUGGAAUUGUAGUAUAUUGGGUUGAUAUGGAAAAAGUAAAAAGUUUGGUAUAUCGAGAUUUAACUACGGAUGAAAAUUUAUGGAGGGAGUUAUCGAAUCCUAGAGAAAUUCUCACUGCAUUCAAUAGAUCAAACGGUGAGGAUUCGUGGCAGAAUUUAGCCGAAUUGUGCAAAAAUCUCGUCACUUUAGCCAGAUGGUUUGAACCUAUUCGUCAUCUUCAGCUUGCA